UAUUUUAUAUUAUGUGUUUGUGUAGAUAUUUCUUCGUCAUGUUUUAUUCUAUUCAAUUGUGUUCAAUGAUAAUACGCUCCUAUGUUUGAUAAUUUAAUUAUAAAAAUAUGAAUAUAUGUUAUAUACGUUUAUUAAAGUUUCCAUUUCAGAUUUCACUUUUUCGUACAGUGUUGUUUUAUUAUGUUAUACCUGUGACACGAUGUGUGAGAAAGAACUGAAUUCUUGAGACUAUAACUUAAGACUAAAGUUCAUCGGUUACUUUGAAAUUCAUCGGUGCCGCGUCGUUAGCAUUUUAUACGUUUUAGUCACGUGGGACGAUCGCGGGACGCGCCGACAGCGCCAAGCGUAUUUGGCGGGACCGCACUUAGACGGCGUCGUCUGUGCUUCUGGCAAGUUUGUCGUGUAGUGAACCACAAAGGCUCUUGUCCGAUAAUGGCUGGCGGAAAGGCGGGCAAGGACUCGGGUAAAGCGAAGGCGAAGGCGGUCUCUCGUUCGGCGAGGGCCGGCUUGCAGUUUCCGGUUGGUAGAAUUCACAGGCAUUUGAAAAACAGAACCACAAGUCAUGGUCGAGUCGGUGCUACAGCAGCAGUAUACAGUGCAGCUAUCUUGGAAUACCUCACUGCUGAGGUUCUCGAAUUGGCAGGAAAUGCAUCAAAAGAUUUGAAGGUCAAACGUAUUACACCAAGACAUCUCCAGCUUGCUAUACGUGGUGAUGAAGAAUUAGAUAGUCUUAUUAAAGCAACUAUCGCUGGAGGAGGCGUUAUACCACAUAUCCACAAAUCGUUGAUUGGAAAGAAGGGUUCGCAAAAGCCAGCAUAAUUUAGUGAUUCAGUUAAGAACAUGUGAAGCUAUGUAGACAAAACAGAUGCGAGCAGAGUGAUUGUUGAUAAAGUGUACCUAUGUUACGAAAUUGAUGGCGAGAGACUGGCGUGAUAUAUAUAUAUAUAUAUAUAUGUAUAUAUAUAUAUAUAGAUAUAUAAAUAAAACAAAUAUUGAUAUAAUUUAAUAUAGGUAACGAGAGUUAAAAAAAAGACAAAUUUUCACCACAUAAUUGGCAUUUAGAGUCGGGAAAGUUAAUAAUAUAGUCUGAAAAUUUUAGUGUACGUUAUACUGCAAUUACUUGACAAGCGAUGCGUUGUAGCAUGGUUUGCUCAAAACUGCAGAAGUCUUUGAUACUGUAUGCGGAUUGUAAACUAAACGUUUUGAAAGUUGGAGUAUUUAAGGACUUGGAUGUGUCGUAAAGUUUGUAAUUUUAAAAGAAAAUUGUUCUUUUGAUUUCUUAUUUUGUGCAUGGUGUUUAACUUUGUCUCUUUUUUAAACUAUUGCGUGUAACUAAUGUUGUUUUCUUAAAAUUAGCUAUUAAAUAGUAUAACGGUAAUUCGAUAAAGGUGUAUAAUAUGAGCGAGUAUUAAUAGGUAUUUCAUAAAUUUUUUCACUUUCAAUUUUUGAAAUUUUUAAUCCAUUUAUAUUUAACUGUUUAAUACCUUACGAUUAUAGUUACAAGUAAAAGUAGUUACGUACUCAUUCUUGUUAUUAAAUACUCUUAACUAUCUCAUAGCAGUAAACAGUGUGCAUAAAUACCUCUAGAUUAAAUUUUUAAUUUUGGACACUUUGUAUUCUAAAAUUUGUGUUGCCGAAUAUCUUUGCUUAAAUUUUUGAAGUUUUCAGUCUCUGUAACAUUAGUAUAUAAGAUUACAUGAGAAAUCAUUUUGCUGACUUUGCUUCUAUUCUGUUAAUUUUGUGAAACGCAAUAAGUUUUAAUUUGUAGUGUGCUGUAAUUUAUGUCCAUGAUUAUGAGACUGGAAUCUUUGAAAUCUAUAAGGCUUUUACUCGUGUGAAGGUCAAAGAAAAAGUAUUUCGGCAUUGCAAAGCCUUUGAUGUAAUAUAUAAUCUUUAUUCCAGUAGUGUUCAAUUGAUGUAAAAUCCAUAGUAGAAAUAUCGAAACAAUUUGAAAUAAAAUAGUAUACAUUUUUAGUUCUAACAACUAUCGAUUUCUAUUUUGGUUCCAUUCACAUCACUUUCCAUUUUAUUCAUAAAACUACUGUUACUUGUGUCAUUUAGUGUAAUUUUCGCUGUAUUAAAUACCAGCCACAUGUAAAAUGUUCAUUUUCAUAAUAAAGAGCAAUUUUACUAUUAUCUAUAGUUCAAUUAUUAAAAAUUGUUGAGUCAAGAAGAGAUAUACUAAUUUGUAUUUUGUGCCUUCUUUAAGUCUUUAAAUUAAAAUGGACUAAGAGGUAAUAUAUAAUUAAAAGGCUGUAAUACAACGAAUGAUUUUUGUAAAUGCAUUAUUGUACACAAACUGUGUAAUGUUUUCAUAUAUUAUGUGUAAACAGUUUCUAAAUACACAUUCUGUGCUAGAAGGUAA